UACCCUACGGAAGGGGUUGGUUAAGGUAGUUGAUUUGACCAAAUAGUAUAGAGCUUUAGAAUCGAUUGUGAACUAGUAGUAUAGCUGAUAGCGUAUAUAUUUGAUAGAGUAUAAAAACCUAACUAUUUCAUAAGCGAGGAGGAAUCCACCUACUUAAAUAGUUAGAGGAAAUCAAGGAGUAGUGUAUCUAUACGAUACACACAUAAUUUAUAUGAGGGAAUAUAAAAGGUAUAAGAAUAAGUGACAAUAAAGAGUAUCAGAAGUAGUGUAACAUGAUGCGACAUUAUUGAAAUGUCGGAGAUGAACCGUGUUCCGUGAAAGUGAAAGUAACGACACAUUACCUAAUUAGGAUUCUCACAAAAAAAGGUGAAGAUGAAAAAGUAUAAUGGCUUGACCACAUACAAGAAAGACAUUAGUACCAUACUAUUAAAGUAGAAGUUAAUUAUGGGUGCAAGUUGUAAAGAUCAAAAGAAAGCAUUAGCCAUAUGUUUGCAAAGAUCACCAUGUGUAUUAAUAGAAAGAAAUACACCUAAAGAUUGUUUAACAGAUCCUGAAUUAAAGAAAGAUUUACCUGAAUUAUGUGUGGCUAAUUUUAGAGCAUUUAUGGAUUGUAGAAAUGGAGUAUUUGAUAUGAGAAAGAGAAUGAGAGGGAAUGCUCCAUUAUCAACUGGUAAAUAUGAUGAAACUUAUGAUAAGUUAUCAACAGGAGAUUUUGAUGCUCAUGAAGAAAUGAGAAAGUUAGAUGUAUUGAAUAGAAAUUUACAUAGACAAAGAGAAUUACAAGAAGAACAAGAAAAGCUUAGAUUAGAAGGUAAAAUCUAGUAUUAUUGUACUAUACAAAAGGGAAAAAGUUAUUUUAACGAUAUUACAUGUAAAUAGGAUAUUUAAUUAAUGCCAAU